CAGUCGCCGCCGCUCGCCGCAUCCGCACGUCCCGCGAGUGCUCCAGUGCCCUACCUAACGCUGACACUCCGACCUUCAAUCCGUGGGAACGAGACGUCUAUAUCAGGUGGUGCGGCAUAGGAUGUGAGAUAUUGCGCCCGCGCACGCCACGCAUGCGCCGCGCGCGGACAUGGAGUCCCGGAGAUAGUGCCAGGUGGUGAUUGUGGGAGUGGGCGUAGCGGCGGUAUGCGCGUGGUGUUGGCGGCGCUCACGGCGCUAGCGGCGCGCGCGCUGGCCGGGCCGCACGAGCACCGAGCGCGCCACCACGCGCCCGACCACCCCCUCCACUUCCCCGCGCCCGCGAACCCCGCGCAGCCUUAUCGAGGCCAUGGCGAGGCCGUCCGCUACAACCCCGAGCUCGACACCAUCCUGCCCCGCGUCGAGGACCACGAGACCUCCUCCAAGCGAGCCAAGCUAGACGACGCAGAGACCUCGUCCAAACGAGAUGAUGACCGCUUCUAUUCCAAUCAUGAACGAAUCGACGACGAAGGCUUCCUCGCCGACGAGCCCCAGCUAGGACCGGAGGACGAUGACCCACUAAUCGUACGCACUAGAAAGGGAAGGGUCAGAGGUAUCACGCUCACCGCCGCCACGGGCAAGAAAGUAGACGCCUGGUUCGGCAUACCAUAUGCGCAGAAACCGAUCGGGGAUCUGCGAUUUAGACACCCGAGACCAGCCGAAAGCUGGGGUGAAGAAAUACUCAAUACGACGACACUGCCUCACUCAUGCGUCCAAAUUAUAGAUACGGUGUUCGGGGAUUUUCCUGGUGCGAUGAUGUGGAAUCCCAAUACAGACAUGCAGGAAGACUGUUUGUAUAUAAACAUUGUGUCACCUAGACCGAGGCCUAAAAAUGCGGCCGUCAUGUUGUGGGUGUUCGGAGGAGGUUUUUACUCUGGUACUGCCACGUUGGAUGUAUAUGAUCCGAAAAUAAUGGUUUCCGAGGAGAAAAUUGUGUACGUGUCCAUGCAGUACCGUGUCGCCUCUUUGGGUUUUCUUUUCUUUGACACCCCUGAUGUACCUGGGAAUGCCGGUAUGUUUGAUCAGCUUAUGGCAUUACAGUGGGUCAAAGAUAACAUAGCAUAUUUUGGUGGUAAUCCACAUAAUGUAACCUUGUUUGGUGAGUCAGCGGGAGCGGUUUCAGUUUCAUUACAUUUACUUUCACCUCUUUCAAGAAACUUGUUUUCUCAAGCGAUUAUGCAAUCAGGGGCUGCCACAGCACCUUGGGCGAUAAUAUCCAGGGAGGAAAGCAUUUUACGAGGCACACGUCUAGCAGAAGCUGUUCACUGUCCUCAUUCAUUAAAAGAUAUGGGCCCAAUGAUUGAAUGUUUAAGGAAGAAGAGUGCUGACGAACUAGUCAAUAAUGAGUGGGGUACAUUAGGAAUUUGUGAGUUCCCAUUUGUUCCAAUAAUCGAUGGAUCGUUUUUAGACGAAAUGCCUAUACGAUCUUUAGCUCAUCAGAACUUUAAGAAAACGAAUAUUUUGAUGGGCUCAAAUACAGAAGAAGGAUAUUACUUCAUUCUAUACUAUCUCACAGAACUAUUCCCCAAAGAGGAAAAUGUUGGUAUUACAAGAGAACAGUACCUGCAAGCAGUGAGGGAAUUAAAUCCAUAUGUAAGCGAUGUCGGCAGACAAGCAAUUGUGUUUGAGUAUACUGACUGGCUGAAUCCAGAAGAUCCCGUGAGAAACCGUAACGCUUUGGACAAAAUGGUUGGGGACUAUCACUUUACGUGUGGAGUAAACGAGUUCGCUCAUCGGUAUGCUGAGACUGGAAAUAACGUUUACACAUAUUAUUAUAAGCAUCGGAGUAAGAAUAAUCCCUGGCCAUCCUGGACAGGUGUGAUGCAUGCGGAUGAGAUCAACUACGUGUUUGGGGAGCCGCUAAAUCCCGGAAAGAAUUAUUCACCAGAGGAAGUAGAAUUCAGCAAGCGUAUAAUGAGAUACUGGGCCAACUUUGCAAGAUCAGGCAACCCGUCCCUAAACCCCAAUGGUGAUAUGACGAAAGUGCACUGGCCGGUCCACACUGCCUUCGGCAGAGAGUACUUGUCGUUGGCAGUCAACUCGAGCGCAGUGGGCCACGGCUUGAAAGUGAAGCAGUGCGCCUUCUGGCAGAAGUAUCUGCCACAACUUAUGGCAGCAACGACUAAGCCCGAGCCCAUUCAGAACUGCACAAGCAAUUCCGGCACUCGACACUAUUACGGUGUCACCAGCCUCAGCCUCGUCACUGUCUUCGGUUUCCUUCAACCCACUAUCUUAAAGUACAUCAUCAUAUGAGGGACUUUCAAAUUUAGUAGCGAGCCAUUCUAAUCACUCAGUUAUGAAUUUGCUUGUUCCAAAACGACUGCAAGUCUAAUGAGAUGCGCAAUAUAAACGGAACGAGUACAACUUAUCUUCGCUAUGACUCGAUUGCUUGUUCAUACGAAGUAUUCUUUCAAUACUCUUAUUUAAUACGAAAAAAAAACACUUAAGAAUACGAGCAAACUCUCAGUUACUUCUGAAGAUAAUUUAUUCUGGUUCUCAUUUAAUAUGCGCAAACUGUCUUGUAUUAUAAAUUAUAAAUAGUAUAUGUGUGUAUAUUUUGCCGUCUUAUGAAUCUCUGGGAUAUUUUUAUUACUGACUUAUUUUUAUAUGUAAAAU